CUUUUCAGUUUAUCUCAUUCGUUGCCGUGGUGGUGGCCGACUCUGCCUUCCCCCAGAAACUCAUCCCUCUCUCUGGCUCUGUCUCUCCCUCUCUCUCUCCUCAUGAAACUGAAAUGAUGACUCCGACAGGCAAAGCGGCGAUCGUUCCGCCGUCCUCCCAAUUAAGCGUCGAGUGUUGCAUGUGCGGCGAUUGUGGCUUGACCGAUGAGCUGUUCCAGUGCAGGGUUUGCCAGUUCAGAUCUCAACACAGGUACUGUAGCAAUCUCUACCCAAAGGCCGAGUCCUACCGAGCGUGCAAUUGGUGCCUGAGCCAGGACAACCGAGACGACGGCACCCCGGUCGUCAAGACCCAGCAGCAGAACUCUUCGGAUUCCAGUUCGCCGCGCAAGAGCGGGGCUGAAUUGGAGAGCAGCGACGUCAAGAGCAACAAGAGGCUGAGGCGAGGCAGGAUCGACGACGACCGCCAGCAGAAACCCUCUCCUCUGCAUCUGCAAGUCUUGGGCAUCGGCAGGAUCAAGAAGGAGAAAUCCCCGGGGAGAAUCUCGUCCCCGACGACGCCGAUCAGGAGGAGGAUCAUCACGAAGGGAGAGCUCGAGGAGAAGCUGAGGAGGACGAGAUCGGAGGAGAUUUCGCACGUGGUCCCGAAACAGGGGUUCCGGAACAAGGUGAGACGGUACAAGCUUCUGGACGAGGUCUCGAGCUGAUGGUGGUGACAAAUCAAACAAACUUAAGAUUGAAGAGAAAAAUCGCUUAUUGAGAAUUUACUUGUAAAUGGGUAUGGAAAAAAUCGUUUCUUUUUUCUCCUUUUCUCUUUGCUUUUCUGGAUACCAGUUUUGAUCUGACGACGGAGAGACUGCAGGAUUGUCUGGAAGUUUCGGUGUACAGAGGAACCCAGAUAGUGAAUGAGAGAGACGAGACAUUAUUAAGGUUAAUUGCUUAGAUUAUGGUGAUGGGUGUUGACU